UGCGUUGUUGAUGAUUUGGAGCUUGUUUAUUCCGGUGUGGCUCCGGUUCGGGCAUCGGGCGAUUUAUCAUUUUAAUUAAUCCUUCGUAAUUAAAUGAAAAACAUUAGGUAUAUUCUACGUGUAAAUAGUUUGCAGAAAGUCAUCUUAUAAUAUUUUUCCCAGCAGAAUUAUGCUGAAAGCAGUCAUUUUAAUUGGUGGUCCUUUGAAAGGAACCAGAUUCAGACCUUUAUCGUUAGAUAUACCAAAACCUUUAUUCCCUGUUGCUGGCUUACCUAUAAUUCAACACCAUAUAGAAGCAUGCGUUCGCAUACCAGAGCUAAAAGAAAUAAUUCUUCUUGGUUACUAUCCUCAAUCAGAUCUCAUUUCGUUUGUCCAAGAGAUGAUACAAGAAUAUAAAAUUGCUAUAAGAUAUUUACAAGAAUUCGUGCCGUUGGGAACUGGAGGAGGCAUGUAUCAUUUUCGAGAUCAGAUUCGCUGCGGAAAUCCAACCGCAUUUUUCGUCAUCAAUGGUGACGUUUGCGGUGAUUUUCCUCUUUUAGAAAUGUGCGAUUGUUACGGAGAAAAAGAAGCUUUGAUUGUUGUCCUAGGAACAGAAGCGACUAGAAAUCAAUCCGUGAAUUAUGGAUGUAUUGUUAGUGAUAAAAACAGCGGUGAAAUAUUACAUUACGUAGAGAAACCAUCAACAUUUGUUUCGACUUUGGUAAACUGCGGAGUUUACCUUUGCUCUUUGGAUAUAUUUCAGAUGCUAGCUACAGUUUUCAAAAAGAAAGAAGAAGUUUUCUUUGAAGAUUUGACGUCUAAGAAUAAUUCUGCUAUUAUUGAACUCGAACAAGAAGUACUUCGCCCGAUGGCAGGUACCGGUAAAGCAUUCGUUUAUCAAACGACAAAUUGGUGGUCUCAAUUGAAAUCCGCUGGUUCGGCUAUUUAUGCGAAUAGGCAUUGCUUGCAACUUUAUAAGAAACGUCAUCCGGAGCGUUUAACUGGAUUAGGUAUCCAAGACAGGCAAAUUAAACAAAUUCCUAAAAUUAUUGGAGACGUGUUUAUUCAUCCAACUGCCUAUAUUCACCAUACUGCUGUGCUGGGUCCAAAUGUUAGUAUCGGAGCCAAUGUGCAUAUAGGACCCGGUGUCAGAAUCCGAGAAUCCAUUAUAUUAUCAGGAGCUAGUAUAUCAAAUCACAGCUUGAUUUUAUACAGUGUAGUUGGCAGGAGUUCUAAAAUUGGUGCUUGGACACGUGUCGAAGGUACUCCAUGCGAUCCUAAUCCAAACAAACCAUUUGCAAAAAUGGAUAAUCUUCCAUUGUUCAAUUCUAACGGCAAACUAAAUCCAUCUAUAACAAUUUUAGGUAGCAGCGUAACAGUACCAGCCGAAGUUGUUCUAUUGAAUUCCAUCGUUUUGCCAUAUAAAGAACUUUCAAGGAGUUUUAAAAAUGAAAUUAUUUUAUAAGCUGCUUUCUUGUUUUUUUUUUUUUUAUUACUUGAAUUAUUUUUAUGUUAUUAUUUUGUUGAAUUUUAUGAGAUCAAUUUCGUGCAUUUCUAUACAAAAUAGGCUUAGGAAUUAGGAUACCUAUAUAAAUGUAGGUAAAAAAAAAAUGUUUUUGAUGAGAUUAUAGCUUUUAUACUUAUUGGUUCAAUCAAAUAAAGUUGAUUUUGUAUACAAUCAA